AUGGAUAUCCCUAAGAACAGUACAGCUAAUAGUUACAUUCCCAUUUCAAUGGAGCAGCAUAAACCGUCUCCCAAUGCUCCCAGCAAUUCUAGGCAAGUUGAGUCUCUACACCAGAUUUCUAUUCCUUCCAAUUACGAGCCUAUUGAUUUGCUUGUUAUUGAUGAAGUCGAGUCUACUCUCGCUCAGUUCAGUAGUGGACUCCAUAAACACUUCAGUUCAGCGUUUGCUGCUUUUAGGUGGAUGCUACAAACAGCACGGCAUGUGAUCUGUAUGGAUGCCAACCUGGACCUUCACACUCACAACACCUUACAGCUGAUGAGAGGAUCUAUUUUGAAGGCCCUCAGCAGUGGGCAAAAAAUAGUUAUUCCCAUGAAUUGUCUUAAGGAUGCCAAGGCUAUCGAAGAAUUACUACGCAGUCGGUUCUCUGGUAAAAAAAUAGAGCUAUAUAGCAAUGAGACCCUCCCUUCGAAAAAGAAAGAACACUUUGGUGACAUCCACACCUACUGGAGCGAACUUGAUGUCCUUAUUUAUACUCCCACUGUCUCUGCUGAUAUUAGUUUUGAAUCCGUACACUUCGAUGCUAUUUUCGCCUGUUUCACCGACAAUUCCUGCGACGUUGAGACUUGUCGUCAGAUGUUAGCACGGGCUGAGAACGAGCGUGUUAAGAACUUGUCAAAAAAUGAUUUCAUGUAUAGAUUCGUGGACCUUGUUGCUUAUACUGGGGCUAGAGUAAAUGUGUUGCCCACACAUGAUCCUGAUGAUGUCAAAGCCCACCAAACCUCUUUCCGGAUGAUUAAGACUGACCUGGAAAAUGCCCAUUGUGAGGCUGUGGCCUCGUCUCCAAAAAUAACUGAUGUCCAUGCCUUCGACAUCUAUGAACGGCUUGAAAAUGAAGAGGACGUGACUGUUCAGGAAAAGAAUUCCUUCAAAAAAUUCAACUUACUUAACUUCUAUGACUUCGGAGAAGAAAUUUCUCCAGAGUUCGUCAAAAACUAUUCCAAACCAGCUGUCAAACAAGUUUUUACUAACCUGGAGAAUAUAACCCGUGGAAAAACAGUAGACGAGGCACUCCUAAAAAUGCGAGAUCAUGAGCUUAAGAGGUACACAGAUAUACUGGGGAUGGAAUGGUGA